UGUGCAACAAACAUAUACGCCGCACAGAUUAGGGCAUUGAAUCUGAUCGGGGAAUACGUGAUCGGAUCGGCAAGAUAUGGCGGCGAUUAUCCGGUCUACUCUCGCGGGUCUCGUGCUCCGGCGAUCAUCUGCAAGUCUGAGGCUCUCAGCCGCUCGCCUCCACUCGACACCUGAAUCCUUCAGCGCCGCCGAACGGAGGCGUCGUAUAGAUGAGAGUGAUGAAGAGGAGGCCGAAAAGGCACGGCGGAGGCGCACACAGCAAAGACAUGGCAUCUCCCGUGGCCGGCAAGAUGACUCUUUUGACGCGACAAUGCUUUUGAACCUCGACAUGAAACCCCGAGGCUCUGCCACGGAUUCUACUACAGCCUCUUCCUCCACGGAGUCGACAACUGAUAUUUCAUCACGGUCAUCGGGGGCAAGCUCGUGGUCGUGGGGAUCGGGAGACUCGGGAGGAGGAGGAGACUCCGGAGGAGGUGACUGUGGUGGUGGAGGAGACUAGUGGUGGUGUGUGCCACAAUUCUUAGGUAGUUUUUUUUCCUGAUUGUUGAUUCAUGGGAUUGCAACCAUGUGAACUUGUCUAGUGUUUUGUUAGCACAACAUUUUAUGAGAGAACCGGAUGAUUCCCACACAUUGUUGCGAGGCAUCUUGCUCUUACAUUUCGAAUAGUGAAAUCAAAUGUGUAGU